AUGCCGUUGAACAUCUGCAGAGCAAUUGAGUUGCUGGAAAAAUUACAGAGAAGUGGAGAAGUGCCACCACAAAAGCUACAGGCUUUGCAAAGGGUCCUUCAAAGUGAAUUCUGCAAUGCUGUAAGAGAGGUGUAUGAACACGUGUACGAAACUGUGGAUAUCAGCAGUAGCCCAGAAGUUAGAGCUAAUGCAACAGCAAAGGCCACUGUAGCUGCAUUUGCUGCUAGCGAAGGUCAUUCCCAUCCCAGGGUGGUUGAACUACCCAAAACCGAAGAAGGUCUUGGAUUCAACAUUAUGGGAGGCAAAGAACAAAAUUCUCCAAUCUAUAUCUCUCGAAUUAUCCCUGGCGGUAUAGCUGACAGACAUGGAGGCCUGAAACGUGGAGAUCAGCUGCUUUCUGUAAACGGAGUGAGUGUCGAAGGUGAACACCAUGAAAAAGCAGUAGAACUGCUGAAGGCAGCUCAAGGAAAGGUUAAAUUAGUUGUGCGAUACACACCAAAAGUCCUGGAAGAAAUGGAGUCAAGAUUUGAAAAAAUGAGAUCGGCAAAACGCAGGCAGCAAAAUUAACAUUGUAUGCAAUAACUUAAAAUAUAUUCUAUUUACAUUUUAUA